CAGCAGCCGCACUUCCUCCCUCCGGUUUCAUCCAACAUGGCGGCGGCCAGGAGGGUAAAGCGCGUGGCGGCCACCCAGGAGGGUUUCUUAAAUCUGAGCCCGGCUCUGGAUGGUUCGGAGCCGUACAAGAGGAGGAAGAAAGUGAACAAGAACAAGAAGAAAAACUGGCUGAAGUACAGCGAUAUCCAGGACGUGGAGGAGUUUUUGGAUGACGUGAGGCUGCAAGAGAGAGCGACAGGGGGACUGGUUGCAGAGAAGGCUGACGACAGUCUGUUCUUCCUGGACACGGGAGACAAGCAGAAAGAUGUGAAGCCGGAUACGGGAAAGACUCGGCCCCUGAAGGCUGACCUGAUCCUGCGGCCGGAUUCCCACAUCCCCGCACCCAAAGAUGUGCUGUCACACCAGCAGCCCAACGCCAAGAAGCUGCGCCGGAUCUCCCAGAAGGCCGAGCAGCUGGCCGCUAAGGGCAGGCUGCCACGGAAACAGAGGCUGCUGCAGAAGAGGCUGGGUGCCGAAAGCAAGAAAGAGGAGAAGCCAGGCCACAGCUGCCCCCCGCAGAAAGGCUUCUAUGAUCUGUGGGGCGACACAGGGGCACCCACAGAAGAGCCCUGGUACUUGGAGCAAACCAAGAAGAAGCCAGUGAAACGUCCCGCCAGGCUCAACGUGAAGCCUUCGGCACUUCCAGCCAUAGAGGUUGUUUCUGCGGGAGCUUCCUACAAUCCCGACUUUGAAUCCCACCAGGCCCUGCUGCUCCAGGCCCACGUGGUGGAGGUCAAGAGGCAGAAGGAGGAGCAGCACAUUGACAGGCAGCUGGCCGUUCCCCAGGAAGACAAAGCCACAGAGGAGACAGUCUUUCAGGAAGUGGUGGAAGGCUUGAUGGAGGAUGAGGAGGAAGAAGAGGCAGAGUCAGCUGGCGAGGAAGAGGGGGAUGAUGCAGGCACUUCGGCGCUGAGUGCUGCAGGAGAGAAGAAAACGGAGAAACAGAGAAAGAAGGAGAAGCUGGAGAGGGAGAAGGAGAAGCAGCGGAAAGCCCAGCGGGAGCAGACGGAGAGGCGGCAGCAGCUCUUCAGGCUGCGCUCCAUCAAGACGGAGCUGCAGAGGGGGGCCCAGCUGACAGCCGAGCGACAGGAGCGCCGCAGAGCCCAGAAGGAGAGGCAGAAGUUCCAGCCCCGCCGGCUGGGGAGGCUCAAGUUCGAGGCCCCAGACCUGGAGGUGCAGCUGAGUACCGAGAUCUCCAGCUGUCUGCGCAGACUCAAGCCAGAGGGCAGUGUCCUCAAGGACAGAUUCAAGAGCUUUCAGAAGAGGAACCUGAUCGAACCCAGAGAGCGAGCCAAGUUCAAGAGGAAGCACAAACUCAAAUACGUGGAGAAGAGAGCCUUCAAGGAAAUCACGUGAGGAAUCCCUCCUACCUCCGUGAGAGAGACUGUGUGUUUGUUCAGUUCUGCAAAGAUUUAGAUAGAACUGAAGACUGCACAGCAUCUAGGGGAUGAUGUUCUCUGUAGACGGGUGAAGAGUGUUGCACGCAGUUAGCAAGAACGUCGAUUAUAAAAACAAAAUGAGAACUGGCGAACGCAUAAGUCGCAGUUUCAAGGUUAUGUUGACCUCGUUUCUCUUAUUCAGACACCGUGGACAAACAAUAAAUAGGGCACAGAGCAUUACGUUUAAAAGUAGAAUU